AUGGGAGACUCAGUAGCCGACAAGGAUGACAGCGCGCAGCCCGAGGACCCUCUCGAAGGCGUCCCGGAGCUGAAGACAUAUCUCACCACCGACACCGACGAGAAGAUUGCCGCGCUGAAGCUCGUCGCUGAUAGUGUGGCGCAAAUGCGUCAAGCCGCAAACAACGCGCUGAUAUCGAGUCCCUUGAAUAUGGCCUGCGCCGUGGCCAUAGUAGCGUUGUGGGCACGGUUCAUCUACGAUUUCCGGGAUGGCGACAUUACUCUGGCUGGUAUCACUAGCUUCGGUAUCAUCAUGGCGUUCCUGGGCAUGGCUCGCGUGUUCACGAAGGACUAUGUGCUUGAUGCGGAAGCGAUGAAGUGGGAGUAUCUUGACGAUUGCGAUGUCAUGAUCACGAAGUUUGGUGACGAGGUCAUUGGUACGGUGGUCAUGGAGUGGGUAUCCGGCGAGGGUCGCCAGAAACGGAAGAAGGCGUGGAGGGGUGAGAUCAAGGCUUGGACGGUUCGGCUCAAGUAUCGCAAGAAGGGCGUCGGAUCGGCGCUUCUGGAAGAGGCGGUCAAAGAGGCCAAGAAGAAGGGCGCAGAAGUCAUUGAGUUCUCUGAGGAGCACGCGAACUCGAAGCGCGUCCUCCCGAAGAUGUACAACUCCGUUUUCGACAAGCGGGAACAGAAGGCACAGGACUUGCUCGCGGAGCUUGUUGAAACUAGCCCCAAUAAAAGCAAGCGGAAAUAG